CCAACAUAGCCUGACGUCUGUCUUCAAGAUCUUUGAACUCUACGAUUUGUUCUUAAUCCAGCUUCAUUGCCCGCAUAAUCCGACCCCUGAUUCCGCGGUCAACUAAAUCAACAUGACAGACCUCAAUCUCCACGAGAUCCAUGAUUUCAUGAUCGAAAUUGCCCGCAAGGCAGGAGAGCGGAUCGUCUCCGCGACGCCGUCGACACAGGGCGUCGGAAACAAGAAGAAUUCCGUCGACCUCGUAACCGAAACCGACCAAGCCGUCGAAAAGCUCAUAUCCACCUCCCUCCACGAGAAGUACCCAACCUUCGCCUUCAUGGGCGAAGAGACGUACAAGCCCGGCGACAAGCUCAACGAAGCCCCCACUUUCAUCCUGGACCCUAUAGACGGCACCACAAACUUCGUGCACCGACACUCAUACGUCUCCAUCUCCCUCGGCCUCUCGCUCAACCUCACCCCCACAAUAGGCAUCGUCUACAACCCCUUCACCUCCACGCUGUACUCCGCCAUCCGCGGCCAAGGCGCAUAUCUCAACCAAUCCGAAAAGCUUCCUCUCUCUCCACCCACCCCCCUCGAAACGCUCAACUCCUGCCUCGUAGCCGUAGAAUGGGGCAGCGACCGGUCAGGCAACGACUUCGCCGUCAAAUCCAAGACGUUUGCGAAGUUAGCGGCCACGAAAGAAGACGGAGGCGGCAUGGUGCAUGGACUGAGGAGCUUAGGGUCCGCGGCUCUGAAUCUGUGCGCAGUGGCGAGUGGGAGUCUGGAUAUUUAUUGGGAGGCUGGAUGUUGGGCGUGGGAUGUUUGCGCAGGGUGGUGUAUUUUGAAAGAGGCGGGCGGUAUGAUGGUGGAUGCGAAUCCGGGAAACUGGGAGCCGAGGAUUGACGAGAGGCGGUAUAUGGCUGUGCGCGGGGGCGAAGGGCAGAGAGAGGUCAUCAAGGAGUUUUGGAGCUUGGUCGAGGGAAAGUUUGAGGUCGGAAUUUGAUGUAGUCCGCAUAUGGGGGAUAUGGCGUUGAUAGAACGACAGCAUAGGCAAGAGCACAUAGACUCAAGGCAUAAACAUCCUGCAGAGAUCGUAAAUCGUAUAUCAUUAUCCAGCAAGGAGGGUAUAACCAUCCAUCCUCACCCCGACAGCUAC